AUGCAGCUACCAACAGACGAUCCCCUGGUGGUGACUUGUAGAUCGGACGCGGCAUGGGAUAUUAGAUCGAAAAGAGCCGGCUUUGCGUGGAUUCUAACCGACUCGACAGGAAACUCCAUCGAACGAGGCAACGCUACUCAGGAUAUGAUCAACUCGCCUCUGAUUGCUGAAGCUAUUGCUCUCCGAUUGGCUCUCACCUCGGCAGAGAAAUUAGGGCUUCCAAAGCUCCAAUGCUUCUCUGACAAUGAAACGCUCAUUCGAGCUAUCAAUUGCGACAUGCAGGUUAAGAAAAUCUUUGGUAUCAUCAGAGAUAUCAAGCAACUCUCCUCUGCUUUCGUCGCAAUCUCCUUCUCUCACUUUUAUCGUUCUUCGAAUGUUGAGGCUAACGCCUUAGCAAAACAAUCGCUUGCAUCUUCUUUGUAUUAG